CUCCGAACUACCACCCUAUGUGCUGUGCGAUAUGGAGGCCUUCUUCGACAACAAGAAUAACGUCGUGAAUGCACAAAUUCGCUCUUCUGUAGAUUCAUCCGUGCUGUACACCUUGAAGACGACCUUCAACUUUCGUGGACGACACCUGACUAUUCUUCAAGACGCCAAUCCAGGGCCAGGUGGUGUAGUGACCGUUGGAGCAAUACACUGGCAGGACAGGGUUAUGGAAAUCCUUGGACACAAGAAGAAAUUCUCUGAUAUCAAGAGGCAUGGGGGCAAACCAUUUCGCAAAUGCAGAUAUUGGAAAUGGGAAGAAGGUAGAAACGAGUACUCGCUAAGAUAUAAUUAUGAAGAUUGGAAGGCUAUUCUUCCAAACGACGAGGUCGCCGGAACUUUCGCCGUUCCUUUUAGACCCCAUAUAUUCUCCAAGCCCACUCCCACUACACUCGAACUCACCCGGGAGGGGCUUGCGAAAGAUGAGGUGUUUCUCAUUUUGAUUUUUGUGUAUUCAGAAGCCAAACGACAGGACCAAACAAACAGCUCUGUAGGUGCUGGUUCGGAGGGCUGGUAAUGACGAUAAUGAAAGACGUUAGGCUUCUUUUACUUACAUGGACUUUUCCUUUCUUCCUCUCUAUCACUCAGUGUAUGGACACGCGGA